ACGGCGUUUCGAGUUUAAAUUUAAAUAAAAAAUCUGAGAAUGGGCAAAACGACGUCGGAAGAGACUAAAGAAAAACCCUCCAUAAACAUCUUCCUUCAUCGUGCGACCAUUGAGUUUUCGAUCUGUGUGUGCUCUAUCCCCCCUCUUUGACACCUGCAAAAGUUGAUCGAAACCCUACCCAUUUAAAGUCACCGAUCUCGGAAAACCUUGAAUUUCUACAAUGAGGACGAAGAAUGCUUCCGUGUCUUCCUCCAAGAAUGGAAACGAUGAGUAUCAUGCGGAAGAGACGAUGACAGAGCACAGCGGUAGCCCAAAGGCCGCACAAGGAACCAUCGAGUUCAUGGUUAGGGAGGCUAAUGUGGAAGGAGAAAAAGCAUCUGAAAUGUGGGAAGAAAGAGUAUGCACUCCAGUGGAUAGUGAAGGUGGCGAUAUUGAUGUUUUUGUCCUCGUUUUAAUUGGUCAUGCUAAGAAAGAUGCCCCAGUUCCAAAAUGGAUCCUUGUCACUGUUGCAAACUCUGAUGAUUCCAUGUCUUUUUCAUGGGGGACAUGGGCAUUCCUGGAGUCCCUCUGUAUCCAAUCUUUCGGGAAGGACUUAGUUUCAGAAAAGAAGAAGCUUGUCAAAGGCGGGAAAACAUCCAACACCCUCUGCUACACUGGAUUUGUCCUCCCCUCAUCCUUUCUCCUAUUUGAGUGCAUUAAUGAUUUUGGAGAGACAUUUGGAGUGAAGAGGGAGCAAACAAAUCCAGCACUUCCGAGAAUGUGUCUCCGGAAAAAUAAAAUUUCAAAAAAGCCGUCGCACGAAGCCAUAAUCAAUGCACUUAACGCUGCCAAGAGUGUUAGGAGCAUUCUUCUUCGAGAGGGAAGUGAAAUACGUGCCCCUUGGAUCACCAGUCUAACCUCCUUGCCUUAUGUUUCCAAUUCAACUCUUGGAGAAUUCAUAAGGGGAAUCGAAGGUGGUGACAAGCAUGUAAGAUUAUGCAUGAAAAAACAGCUUCUGGCCCCAGCAAGUGAAGAUGAAGUUGCUGCAGGAAGGAAUUCAUCAUCAGAUGAAGUUCACUAUUCAAGUGAGGGGUCAGAAGUCCCCUCCAAAAAGUAUGUCUUUAGGAGGAGAAAAAUAUCAAGGCCGAACACCCCACUUGGAAAAGCAGAGCACAUACCUCUGUUAGAAAAGCAGAGCCGUUUGUUGGAAAGAACAACCAAUAUCAAGGCUUCAUCUUUUAGUGGAAAUUCUAGUCAAAACUUGCCUGAUUCACUGAAAGAUUACAUUGAUGGUAAAUUUUCUGAGCUUCAAAAGACGCUAUGUCAGGAGGUGGAGAAUGUCUUGGAGAGAAAAUUUCAGACACUAGAAAAAAGAAUUCUCUUAACCUUACUUGACACCUUAAAGGGAAGGAGUGACGAAGCGAAGGAAAAAGAUGGGAAGGAAGAAGAGUCGGUGGAAGUGAAUAUGGUCGACCCCUCUAGUUUUGAAGGGGUGGACCAUAAUGAAGAGGAGGAAAUAAAAGAUGGGAAGGAAGAAGAUGAGCCCAUGGCAUUUAAUAUGGUCAACCCCUCCAGUUUUGAAGGAAUUCCUGAAGAGAAAAGGAAGAAGAGGGAAGAAGAAGAGGAAAAGUUUGCAGUUGAGGGAGAGGCCCUAGAAGAUGAGAUGACAAUGAGUGAUAAAAUUGUCCAUGAUGUUGUUGAGUUCUGCAAAUCAACUAAAAACAAUGUUGAUGAGAACCUUGAGUCCGAUGGUGACGUCUUGAGAGAACUGACAGAUGUGGAUGAAGUCGCUGCUGCACGGGAAUUGGGUCGAGGCCUCGGGGAGAAGAAACGAAGUAUUCAUAUAUCGAGCCCUUACUUCGCCAAUGUACAUAAAAAGGUAAAGGUUAUAAAUAAUGAAGGUUCAAAUGAGCUGGAUAAAGCCGAAGAAGCGCAACUCAACAUACGAAGGAACCCAUCCAGCCAACAACUUGAGGCCUUCCAUCAUUUCAUGCAGUCGGCAAUUGCUGAUGGGAGAGAAGUUCAGUGUAUCAUGGAAAAGAGGGGAGAGUCCCACGGGAUUGUUAAGAAGUGGUGGAGUUCCUUGAUCAAGGUUGGCGGCUGGUUGGAGACCUCGUGCCCCUCCCAUUCCAAUCUGCAUCACGACUUUCUUCUUCUCCAUCUUGGCGACGAAACCAAGAGAAGACGGAUUGCUCGCUGGAAGGAGUUCGUCGAUCAAGCUGCCUGAGAUGUCGCCGGAAAAGAGGACUCUGCUAUUGCUUCCGCCGGAAUCUAGGUGGGGAUUAUUUGUGAUUUCUUCAUCGAUUCAAUUGAGGUAGGGAUCAAGAACUGGAUGAGCUGCAGCCUGUAGGACAGUGAAGCGUGACGCUGGUGGAUGGCCCGAGGCUGUUUGAAAUUGAAUUAAAUACUUGUUGAUUUUUAUUUUGUUUAAACUACAAGAGGAUUUGACGACAUUGUUUUAAAGGCUUCCGCAAUGUUUGAAUUACUUACUCUGAUUAAUUAUGAUUUGUUUCUCAAUAAGUGUCAAUGAUUGAU